GAUUGUCCAGAGACCGAAUAGAGCCACAAUGCGGCCGUCUAGGGCUCUCUUGCUCGGGCAAGACAGCAUGAUCUCUUACUUUGUCUACCUCCUCGCCCUUCUCCUUCUGGCCGGUUGGUCCACCCCUGCCCGCGCGGCAACAACCGAACAAUGGAAAACCCGCUCCAUUUACCAGACGAUGACUGAUCGGUUCGCGCUCACCAAUGGGUCGACCACCACCGCAUGCAAUGCCACGGAAAACAACUACUGUGGGGGGACUUGGCAGGGGACGAUCAACAAGUUGGAUUACAUCCAAGGCAUGGGAUUCGAUGCCAUCAUGAUCUCACCCGUGGUGAAAAACAUUGCCGGCCGAUCCAAGGACGGGGAGGCCUAUCACGGCUACUGGCCCCUCGACCUCUACGAGCUCAAUGCGCAUUUUGGCACCAAAGAGGAUCUGAUCAAGCUUGCGGAGGAGGUGCAUGCGCGGGGGAUGUACUUGCUGCUCGACGUGGUCAUCAACAACAUGGCCUAUAACACCGACGGGGAGGAUCCCGCGACGCACAUUGACUAUACCGUCUUCCCCCAGUUCAAUGGCUCCUCGUAUUUCCACCCGUACUGCCUGAUCACGGAUUGGAACAACUAUACGGAGGCCCAGUGGUGCCAAACCGGCGACAACUACACCGCACUGCCGGACCUCUACACGGAGCAUACCGCGGUGCAGGACAUCUUGAUGACCUGGAGCACAUCGGUCAUGAACAACUACUCGAUCGACGGACUUCGCAUUGAUGCCGCCAAGUCCCUCACCCCGAGCUUUUUGCCGACCUAUGUGGACACCGUGGGGGGCUGGAUGACGGGAGAGGUCAUGGAAUCCAACGCCAGCAUUGUGUGCAAUUAUCAACAGGAGUAUCUGCCCAGCUUGCCCAACUACCCCCUCUACUAUGCGAUGAUCACCGGAUUCCUGAACGGGGAGCCGGCGUACUUGCUCGAGGAGAUCGCCACGAUCAACAGUCUCUGCCCGGACGUGCCGGCCAUGGUCAACUUCAUCGAGGACCAAGAUGUGGAUCGCUGGGCGUACAUGAAUGACGAUAUCCGGUUGGCCGAGAAUGCGCUCACCUUCAUGAUGCUGUUUGAUGGCAUCCCCUUGGUCUACCAGGGUCUGGAACAGCGCAUCGUUGAAUCCAACCGAGCCGCCCUGUGGACCACCGACUACGACACCAACGCGACGCUCUACAAGCUCAUUGCGACGCUCAACGCCAUUCGCAAGCACGCCAUCAAUCUCGACGCCGACUAUAUCAACUCCCAGACCUACCCGCUCUACCAAGGUGGCAGCGAGUUGGCCUUUUGGAAAGGGAGCGCCGGGCGACAGGUGAUCAUGCUGCUGUCCACGCAAGGCUCCACCGGGUCGGCCUAUGAUCUGACCCUCCCCGUGAGCUAUGGCGCCAGCGAGGUGGUGACCGAGGUGCUGAACUGCGUCAACUACACCCUCAACACCGACAGCGAAUUAGUCGUCCCCAUGGACAAGGGCGCGCCGCGAGUCUUCUUUCCCGCUUCGAUGAUGCCCGGCAGUGGGCUAUGCGGCUACAAUACCAGCAAUGUGACCUACUCGGAGCUCCGCCUGGCAGCCGUGAGCACAAACUCUUCCUCCGCCGGUGGCCACACAGUCGCCUCAGUGGCGCCGGGACUGAUCCUCGCUUCACUGCUAUCGCCGUUUGUGGCAGGUCUGACAAUCUAGGUUGCGAUAAGUGGAAUUCUUGUUGUUGUAUAAUAGCAGUGGGCGGAGUGGGCCAGAUAAAGCGCCUUCCCCCGCCCCUGAAUUUUGUUAGUUGCUCGCCGCAAUGGC